UUUGUUUCUACGAACUGCUUGCGAGGGGGAGGAGAAGGUUGUGGUAUUUGGACGGGACAAUGGCGGCGCUAGCAGUCUCUUUUCGGAGAUUGUUACAGGCCUUCCUUGCAAGUUUUUGCUGUUCGAUUGCUUUGACGAUGACAACUGUAACUGGAUUGCUUCUUUUCCUUCUUCCUGAAGCAGCAACGGCCUUGCAGUGUUUUUGUCUUCACUGUACAAAAGAGAACUUCACAUGUACAACAGAUGGGCUCUGUUUUACUUCAGUGACACGGAAUAGAAACAAAAUUCAACGCAACAGUAUGUGUCUUGCAAAAACCGAUCUGUUUCCCAAAGACAGGCCAUUUGUUUGUGCUACUUCAACAAGUGAAGGAGGAAUUACAGUAUCUCAUUGCUGUGAUAAAGACUUCUGCAAUAAAAUAGAUCUUCCAAUUCCAACAUUAGGUCCUGUAACAGGGAAGUUUUCUUCUACCCUAGGACCUGUGGAAUUGGCUGCCGCCAUUGCUGGGCCAGUUUGUUUUCUUUGUAUUUCACUUAUGUUGAUUCUUUAUAUCUGCCAUAACCGUACAUUCAUACACCAUCGAGUUCCAAGUGAAGAAGAUCCUUCAAUGGAGCGACCGUUUAUAUCUGAGGGAACUACUUUAAAAGAUUUAAUUUAUGAUAUGACCACUUCGGGAUCAGGAUCAGGUUUGCCAUUACUUGUUCAGAGAACAAUUGCAAGAACAAUUGUAUUACAAGAAAGUAUUGGAAAAGGUCGCUUUGGAGAAGUCUGGCGAGGUAAAUGGAGAGGAGAAGAAGUUGCAGUAAAAAUAUUCUCUUCAAGAGAAGAACGCUCAUGGUUUCGUGAAGCUGAAAUCUAUCAAACAGUUAUGCUCCGUCAUGAGAAUAUUCUUGGAUUUAUAGCUGCAGACAAUAAAGAUAAUGGUACAUGGACACAACUCUGGCUAGUGUCAGAUUAUCAUGAGCAUGGUUCUCUUUUUGAUUAUUUGAAUAGGUACACUGUUACUGUAGAGGGAAUGAUAAAGCUAGCAUUGUCAACUGCCAGUGGACUUGCACAUCUUCACAUGGAGAUUGUUGGCACGCAAGGUAAACCAGCUAUAGCUCAUAGAGACUUGAAAUCAAAAAACAUAUUAGUAAAGAAAAAUGGAACAUGUUGCAUUGCGGAUUUAGGUCUGGCAGUAAGACACGAUUCAGCUACAGAUACAAUAGAUAUUGCACCAAAUCACAGAGUUGGAACAAAGAGGUACAUGGCUCCUGAGGUACUUGAUGAUUCGAUAAACAUGAAGCAUUUUGAAUCCUUCAAAAGAGCAGAUAUUUAUGCAAUGGGACUAGUGUUUUGGGAAAUAGCUCGUCGAUGUUCAAUUGGUGGAAUCCAUGAAGAUUAUCAGUUACCAUAUUACGACCUUGUCCCUUCUGAUCCUUCAGUUGAAGAAAUGAGGAGAAUUGUUUGUGAACAGAAGCUACGACCCAAUACUCCAAAUAGAUGGCAAAGUUGUGAGGCAUUACGAGUAAUGGCCAAGAUUAUGCGAGAAUGCUGGUAUGCCAAUGGUGCAGCUAGACUAACAGCUUUGCGUAUAAAGAAAACUCUGUCACAACUCAGUCAGCAAGAAGGAAUAAAAAUGUGAUUUAGGAAAUAGUGUUCAAGAAAACAUUUGAACACCAAAAUGUGCACCUGGCUUGUACAUUAAACAGUGUUCUACCUCACUGAGGGAACAGAAGAAUAUUGCUGCCUUUUAUACAAUAUACAUUAUACAAGAUAAUCCGUUAUUAGUCCAGAAUUUCUCUAGAUGCAUUAAACUGUUGUACAGAAUCUUAAUUAUUUUUUUGAAAGUCACAUUGCUAUCUAUUAUGCUCAAAACAAAAAAAAUAAACUUGAGUGGAACGUGUGUCCAACGUAUGGCGCUCAAAGACAAAAGGAAAGAUAUGAUGGUACGCUGUAUAUUGUCAUAUUGUUUUGUUCUGAUAUUAAGAUGCUAUUAUUGAAUGCCUUUCAUUGGAACUUACCUACAUGACCUUAUUUCAUCUGGAGCACACAUGCAAUUUAUGCAAUACUUUGUAUUAUAUGUCUGUCGUUUACAUCAGAUCAUAAUUUGCCUUUAAAACCAUUGUGUAUAAGUGCCACUUUAAAAUUUUCUUGAUGCAGUUCAUUAGAAUAUACAAAGUCUUUGGUCCUUGUGAAAUGACAGUAAAUCUGUAUUUAAUCUGCUGGCUUCUACAUACUUUGAUAUUACCAAAUUUUUGGAUUUCCAAGGCAGCAAUGCCAAGUUCCUGCUAAUUGGAGAUCCUAACUUAGAGGAUGGUACCAGAUUGAUUGGCUACAGGAUGAUUAAACAUUCAUGCAUGCAUUUUUUUAUGAAAUGUUUUUUCUCUAGAGCAUAGGAACUGAAGAAUGCAGAUUAAUUCUGUGCUACUCCUAUGCUUUAUAUAUUACAGUGAACAGGGUUAUCAAAUAUAGAACUCUGAAAAAGAGCUUUACCUAUAAAAAAUAACUUUGAUGAGGGUUUUUUUUUACAUUCAGUAUGAACAAUAACCUCUUCAGUAUGAACACUAACCUCUUAAAAUAAAUCCUCUUAAAUAUUGUGUUCUUUAUGUGCAAUGAAAACUGCUUUGCUAAAAUUUGAUCAUUGCUAAAUGCUUUUCUGAGAAUGAUCCACAUAGAAAAAUGUGGUCUGUUAAUCUUAUGGAUUCAUUCUGUAUGCCCCAAAUAGGAAUUUCCUAGUACCUAGUUGUUUAUGUGGAUUUGGUCAAUACAUAAUUCUUAAUGUUGGCUUUUGUUGUCUGAUAAUGAACUUUGGAGAAAUGAAGAAGCUGAGUAGACAUUCUCUUUCUGUCAUGCCCACCCCACUUGUGCCAGUAGAGGCCUACUGCAGAUCCCAUUAGUCAAAUAACUCCAGCUGACAGGAUCCCAAAGAACUUUUUCUGCUCUAUCACUUGCCCUUCAGAACAUUCUGCUCUUGGGUAAGAUCUGCCCUCAGCCUCCUAUUAUUCCAUAAGAGUCUAAACAUCUGGGUCUAAAGUUGGCUUGAGGACCCAAUGGGGGAGAACCAUACUGGAGAUGGCUACUCCACCUUGGCAAGAAGAAAACAUCUACCCUAAGGAAAUCUAUUGGAAAAGAAAUACAUAAUACACUGGGUUGAACAGAAGAUGGAGGAACCUUUUCUGUCCCCAUCCUGGUCAAAAUUAAAAAGCAGGUGGCAGUGAAAGCUCUUAAAAGGGUUGUUUCUUUUCAUCAAUAUUUUAAGAAUCCUAAAAGCUGUUUAACUUCAGCUUAGAUAAACAUAUUUUCUAAUAAAAUUCUCUAAACUAGCUUGAUAAGAUUCUUUUCAAAGAUGGUAAUCUUUUGUUGUUUAAUGGACCAAAGUUGUCCAAUAUUCAACUACUUUAUAUGGCAAAGAUAAUACUGAAAUAGGUUUCUUGCCAUAGUAAUUGGAGGGUAAUAUGCAGAUUUGAUCAUCUUUUUAGAUUCUAAUUAAUUUUAAGUUAAAAACAGUGACUUUUAAAGAGAUUUUAAGGAUCUCAUACCCCUACUAAUACUCCACAAAUAUUGGAUUUUUAUAAUUUAUUUCAUUUAUAUACAGAUAUAAAAUACAUUCUUUUGCCUCCCACUGUUGUUGCAUUAUCAGCCUAAAUGUUUACACAGUAGAUAUUUGAUAGUUUUAAUUUUGCUGUUCAGUAAUAUUUAAAAUUAUAUAGAUAUUGAUCAUAUCAGAUUACCUAUAAAAUGAUUUUAAGGAACACAACCCCAUAAUUAAAAAAAAUCUUACAUUUAGGUUUAGGCUCAUAAGGAUCAAGUUCAACUCCUUAUUCUUUAUUUAAUUUAUUCAAUUAAUUUCCAACAACUCCCUAACACUGCCUAUCCAAAUUCUCAUUUUCACUGAAGAAGUUACAUGGAUAAUAACAAACAUUUCAGUUUUAACAAGCUUUGGUCCAGUUGCCAUGAUUUUUGGCCUGGAUGAUCAAAUACUUAAAAGUUAAGAAUUUUACUAAACACUUAAAGUGCUGCCCAACUUUUAAUUUUUCACAAACCUAUAUUAAAAGGGUUCUAAAUGAAUUGUAAGCCAAGCUCCAUGAAUUCACAUUUAGCCUAUUUGUAUUGUACUAUUAAAACAGCUUCAGAAGUAUCUUUAUAUUUUUAAAAUACUGCUUUAAUCUUAAAUUACCUCAUGACAAAAUAUACAUUUACCUCUAUAUAUAUUUAAUGUUUCUCAAAAUAUAAAGCUUUGAGUAUUUUGUUUCUCUUAAUGUGUUUUAAUGUAUGAUAUUGUUCUGAUCAAUCUGCAACAUUGCUGGUAUUUAGCUAGCCCUAAUUCAAAAUGCUCUUCUACUUGGAAUUCUUGCUAAAAUAGGCUUUUUUGUUAAGUUUCCUAUUGGAAAUCCACCUAAUAUAUUCUGGACAGAAGGAUCCACAUAAUGGCCUAAUGCAAGGUUUUAUGGGCAUAUGCAGAGAGUAUCUGCAUAAUUAGUAAAUUAGUUGGUUGAUGGGGUUUUUUUUUGUCCAAAUUGCUCAUUUUUUAUUUUUGGUAAAUAUAUUUAUUUUGCCUUUCAAUAGCCUUUCAAGGUAAAGACAUUCUUAACAGAUUGAUGCAUUUUGAGAAUCUGUAUAAAUGUCAAUUUUAAGUGCUCAUUUCUCUAUAUAUUCUUGAUUAUGUAUACAGUUGGGAAAUGUAAAUUGUUGAUUAUUAUUAAGUGCUAACAUUAAGUAGAAAAUAACAAAGCAGUGACAUUUUUCUUUUUCCGUCCUUCAUUUUAGACAGUUUUGAAAAAAAAAACUAUUGUUUAAAUAUUAUUAAAUGGAUUAACAUUGCACGUUGUCCCAUUAUAUUUUCUGGUUCUGAAAAAUGAAAAAAUGUUGAAUUAAUAGUUCGUUGAAGAAUUUUGCAGUUACCUAGUUUUUGAAGCAAUUUUAUGGUUCAAAGUAUUUUAAAUGUUAUGUGCUUUUUUAAAAUGAAACUUGCAAUGGACAUAAUGUACCAAGGACACCUGCUUUUAAACUAUAAAAUAAAGUAUAGCUGAAGUAGA